AUGGAAGAGAUCGCCUUCAGCGAUUGGCCCGGACAACCUGUGGAUUUAAAUUCUGGGAAUAACCCCUGGUUACCAGCGUAUGGAUUUACAGCGCCUUCGGCGCUUCUGGAGAGAGACGAUUUUAUUGGGAAUCCAGAUGCAGAAUAUUUCCUUCAUAGCGGUUUUAGUCACUACAUGUAUUUGGAAACCAUCCUCGAAGAGACCUCCGAUGAUCUUCGAUCGGAAAGUGACGGCGAUUCUCGGGGCUCCCCCGUGGGCUGGCUAGCAACCGAUUCUGAAGCCGGUUCUGUCAUUUGCAUCGAUCCACCAGAUGAUGCAGACUGCGAUUCAGACCGCGAACUAGCUUGCCCUGCGAAAAGGAGAAAACAGGAUUUUUUCCUAAAUUUGCCACUCCCCGAUGAGGAUCUCAACUCCUUAAGCCGAUCUAGCAGCCUAUUGCAAUUCGAAACUUUAGAGAAACAGUGCCAAGAAACGUGUCCAACCUCUCCAAGUAUUUACUCCCAAUAUUCUUUUGAUAGCCUUGAAUCCAAUAUACGGAAGCAUAAUUUAAGCCCUGAUAGUUUAAACAGUCCUAAGAGCGAUGAUACUGAAGAUGAAACGGAUUUUUACAAAACAUUGAAGAUAGACAUACCUACUAGGAAAAAGCAACGUAGCAAUGAUAGUUUGUUAUACGGCGCAAAUAGAUCAUCCGGUUCAGAUACUAGCGAAAGUGACGUCAUUGAUAUUUCGCGGUCGUUUGACAACUUAAAACCUUGGAGAAGUUUUGACAGUUUACCGGUAAAUAAGAUCGUUCGAGAUAAGGUGUCGGCCGAAAAUUUAAGCGAAGAUAGUGGAUAUAGCGAUCAUUUAACGAAAUCUUCAAGUUAUAACAGUUUUAAGAUAAAAGAUGAACUCAAAGUUUAUACUAUGAAAAGUUAUGCGGAAAAGAAGAAUUCUUACGUUGGAUUUUCUGCUUAUGAUGGCGAUAUACUAAACGAGAAUUUCAACGGCAACUUUGGCGUGAGUUAUCAAGAUCUAACCAUCCUUAGGGACCAAGACUUGGACAUCCUAAAAUCUUCUCAGUUGAUAGACAUUUUCGUCAAGAACAAAAAACAACGAGCAUCCCUACCCAUUAACGACAUCUCUGGCUUGUCAACGAAAAUUUUAAAUUUAGAUUCGAAUCGGGAAUGCGGCCGAUCCUCUAAUUCUAAUUUUAAAUCAUCAUCAUGCAGCGAACCGAACUUACUUCAUGAAAUAGACAGUAAGGAAAAUCAGUCCGCCAACAUUUGUGUUUCUAGUGUACCGAAAGAUCUUAAUUUCAUUGGCGAUUUCGAUAAGAGUGCAAGUAAGAGUAUCAGUACGUCAGUAGCAGUCAAAAACUGGAAUUUAGCCGAUUUUCAGCUUGAUGUGUGUAAUGAACAUCACGUAAAAGAAGAAAGGAUGAGUGAGUUUAAACGCGAAGGGAGCUACGCUGAAGCUAUAGCCAACUCGAAUUACAAAAGAGAAGGAAGCUAUGCAGAAGCUAUGACUAAUCGAGUAGAUCUUAGUGACGAUGAACACAGCCUCUAUAAUAGAAACAAACCAAAAUUACCGAAAACACCCAUAGUGGAAUUUGACAAAAAGGUACUUAAAGCAAUUUCCGAACAGAGCCUACAAAGCAUCAUUAACAGUAAUCAGAAUUUACAAGAUAUCUACCUAGCAGAGCCGGCAAGAAUUAUAUCUACUCCAAAACGAAACAUCGUCAGUACUCCGAAUUUAGCAGCACAAGAAAGCGACAUUAUCUACGACUACGAACGUACAAAAUCUACACAAGAUAUAUGCAGAAAAGGUAGUAUUAUAAAAUCCAGUACAAGCACCAGCGGUUUAUCAGACAACGAGGAAAAACUAGCUUCGGUUAAAAGCUUCAACAGUUCAAUUAAUUCUAAAGGUGUCCAUUUUUCGCCGGUAGUUUCCGAGGUCAAUUGGCGUGAUGACAGUGUGUCUACUGUUACGCCCGAUCGUGAAAGUAGUUAUAGUUUCGGUAGUUCAACUCCGGAUAGGCAAUCGCCUCCUAGGCAUAUUAUUAAGCCCAAAGCUGUUAGGUUGUCAUACUCGCAGCCUGAUCUAUCUGAUGGCGAGUCCUGUAGGAAAGAUUUUUUGGAUUCGCUGAAAAAUUUAAGGGAGGAUUUGAGUAAAAGUCAGCCGGAUGUGGCCAAAUUUCGUAGAAGAGGCAGUCAGCUGGUCAAGAAGGACAAGGACGGCAGUGUGGUCAAAGCUUACGUAGACCGCGACGGCAUUCAGUACAAGCACACGCACUUGGAUAUCGGCAUGGGCUUCGGCCACAAUGCAACUAGUAAUUCAACGCCCCACCAUGCCAGCGCCUCAAUUGACAAUCAUAACACGAAUGUUGAGCCGCAGAGCAGCGCCUUCAAGUCAGUUCGCUCAGUCGAUGCGAUGGAAGCACGAGAUGCGCAACGCGGCGUGGCGCAUGCGCCACUCAAAGACGUGAAACAAUCGAAGGCAUCGGGCAAGCUCGGCGGAUUUUUUUCGAGAUUGGCGAGCUUCAGGUUCAGCUUGCGGAAAGGUGCCGAAGAGAAGGCGAAGUUGAAGAAAAAGAAAAAUUCUUCAGCGACCGGGGUGGGAAAUGCGCCAGGCGCCACAAUGGCCCCCCAACAACGCGUCGCCUCAAAAUCCGACUAUAUAUACAUCCCCCUCAAAGGUCCCUCCAAACCUAAUGCCACUCCUCAACACCAUCACCACCACCAUCAACAAAACAGUACUCCUACCACGAUUAGCCCAUUAAACACCACAGAGUCAACACCGAAAUCCACGAACUCCGUUACAUCGAAGCCGCCCCUGCCCAAGCAACCGCCGCGCGUUGUCCACGCAAGCGUUAAAUCUUCGGCGGCGGCAUCGGCGCAUGAACACCGUCAACAGCGCACUGCCGCCUCCGGAGACAACCGGCAACAUCGUAGGCGAACUAUCGAUUCCACCGCUGGCGGGCCACUGUCCAUGGAGCCCAUGGGGCUUAUCGAGACCGAUUUAGAUACGGAGGUUACCGUUAUCACAAACAGUGCCAAUGUGAAAACCAGGAGUCUAUUGGACCUGGGGCCGCAACCCCAUAGGUUGACGCUCGCCGCCGACCACCAGGGCAAAGACCAUCCCCACCAGGCUAGGCCACAUAAGUCCAUGGAGUUCCUGCUUGAUAAACAAAACCUUAAGGUGGUCGAGCCACCUGAAAAUGAACUUCAAAAAGGGGAGAGAGUAAUGUCUGAGCACCAACUUCGAGUACAGCGUUCUCUUCAAAAACUAACGAUUCCUGAUUGGUACAAACAAUCUCCGGUGCCUCGUGAAGGCUUCCUUCUCAAGAAGCAAUCGCCCAGGGAAACAAGAUGGAACGGUACCGGUAGCAAAACAACCUCUCUAAGCAGCCUAGGUUCAAAUACGUUCUCCCCAAUAAUCAGCCCAACGCCCCUCAGCCAACCAUUCGUACGGUGGUCGACUUCGAAGCUAAACUCUACAGCUUCGUCGCCUUGCGCUUCGACGAGAAGUAGCUUUAACACUAGGCAACCUAAUGGUAGCAUUUCUCCUUCUUCGGUGCGAUCCAGCUUUAGCUAUAGACAACCUUACCUCGGUUGGAGAUCGCAAGAACGACUUAGUAGGCCUAGGACUCCAGCCGAGCGGCUAGCCAGUUCGUUGUUAGGUGCUCAAGCUUCGACACAACAGCCCCAAGAAAGCCCCGAGAUCCAAACGUCUAUCAAAGAAGUGACCUCAGCGAUAGUGCAUUAUGUAAGUGGUUUGCGACCGGAAGAUGCUAGAGAUAAGAGCUACGAUUCUCAAGAAACUGCUAGUCAAAGAUCUAAUUCGGUUAGUCCUAGAGGAAGCCAGAAGCUAUGUUGGUUGGAGAGCUCUUUCGUUGGUACUAGGCCCCUAGAUUCACCUCAGACUCCGGUGACCCUAUCAGAAAGCCAAAGUCAUACGCCGGUGUCUUCGACGAAACUUAGGCUAGAUUUACAGACGCAUAAUGG